GACCAGUGCCGGAUCGGACUCAGGCCUGCCCCACCAUCACCGUCUAGUUACAGUACGGUGCCUCUCUCUGCUCUGUACCGCACGUCCAACGUCACUUCGCCGCCAUCAGCUUCACGUCAGGAUCCCAGCCAUGAAGAAAAUCAUCAGCACGCACAAGGGAGCGGCGCCGCAGUUUCCUUACAGUCAGGCGGUGCUGGCGGACAACACGCUCUACAUCUCUGGCCAGAUUGGUCUGGACGCGGCCACCAUUCAGCUGCGGGAUGGGGUAGAGGCUCAGACCCGACAGGCCAUGGAGAAUGUCGGUCACAUUCUGGAGGCGGCCGGCAUGGCCUUUACAGACGUUGUCAAGCUGACCGUGCUCUUGGCCGAUAUGAACGACUUUGCAAAGGUGAACGACGUCUAUAAAACCUUUUUCACCGGAGACUUCCCAGCGAGAGUGGCCUACCAGGCCGCCGCUCUUCCGAUGGGUGCAAGUGUGGAAAUUGAAGGAAUCGCCGUCAAGUCAAACUCCAGCCUGUAGAUUAUCGAAAGUAAAAGCAGCAUUAGAGUCGACAAAUGCAGGUUCCGUUUGCAUCUCUGCGAAGGAAUCUUCUACAUUUAGCAACCCACUGUGCGAUGUUCUACGCUUAUCGCGAACUAACGCGUUUUCAUUCUGAUAACGCCCCCAGCACUAGGUAUUGGCGCUGAAUUAAACGGUUCUUCAGAUAAUAGAAUCUACAGAAACAAAGCGAUC